AUGAGCUGAAUUGACGAAAACAGCUUCAACGACUGUUGGUGUAAAUUAUACUUAAAGAACGUUGUGUUAUUGCGUUCCAUGGUAAUUAUAAUAAAAAUGAAUGAAUUUCAUUCGAAUUAAUCAAGGUAUUAAAAUGGUACGAAGUACUGAAGUUAUGUUUGAAAUUUAAUUAAAGAGAAACGAUGAAGGAAGAAUCGUAAUUCUCGCGAUCGACGUUGGCGGGCAUUCCGAGCAAAGACGGAAAAUUAGAUAAUGACUGUGCAGUUAGAGGCGCGGCAAUUAUAAUAACAAGGAAAUCUUCUCAGACGCCAUUCGUUGAAUUUCACGGAGCUCCGUAGCACCGUUUCCCAGCUAUGAAAGAGCUCCUCGAACCACGCGACCGAGGUGAUUUUAAUUGAAACGUUUGCAAUUUGCGCGGUAAAUUCGCAAACUGAACGCAUUUUAUUCUUUGCUACUUGAGAUCGCGUAAUUGGCGUUACUUUGGAUCGCUUCCAAACUGUUCGAUCACACCUAUUCUUUUCGUAUUUCGGUCUAGACGUCGAAAGAACAUUCGUAAUAUCGAUGCGACUUGUAAAUUUCCUCUGCUGUCUUAUUUUAUCCAUUCAAUCAGUUUACUUUCCGAAGCCUUUGUUCAAUGAUUAACGAUUCUCAGCAAAACGACCGGUGCUCGCAAUGGCUCGAGCCAUUAUUUCAUGUUUCAGCUACAACUUCACGUACCGACAAAGUGGAAUUUACCUACAACCCGACCCAGGCCCGUAAACCAAUCCCAAAUCCAACAAUCCCUUCCGUAAUUCAAAAUUCCAAGUGACAGAACCACUACACGAAUCACCGCGUAACCCGAACACGCGCAUUCAACCGAACACAACAAGGACAGGUCAUCGUGGAAAAGCGAAAACGGAAUCUAACCUAGAUCAUCAAUGAUUAAUAUACCUUACAAUGUGCCCCUAAUAUCGCCGAUUAUGCCGACUCAGAACGUGCCUGUUCAAACGAGUCAUAAUCAUUUUCAGCCCUUCCAACAACCCCAAACGAACACCCAACAAAUGCAAACUAACCCUGCAUUCCCGAUGAAUAUGCAAGAUCCAUACAAAGCUCCGUUCUAUCAGUUUCAACAAUCGGACAUGUUCAUGGCGAAUCAGUACGUCCCGAACGUAUUGUACCCAAGGACUUUCCAACCAGCGAAUAACAUACAGCCACCUUUGCAUACCCAGCCAAACUAUGCUCCUUUACUUCAAAACCUUCUGGAACAAAUUCGUGGUCAAGUGAGCAACACGGCUCCCAUAUUUAUCCUACCUGGCGGCUGUCAACAAUCCACAAAUCAUCAUCAGCAAGCUGGCAUGCCGAACCAAGGAGGUGGUCCCCAGGCGACAGGACAACCGACAAGCUUCAAUUACCCCUCGUCAGUUCACUGUCCACCCUCGUUCUACCCCUAUCCAAUCCCGUUGCCCGUUUACCAGCCAUUCGUCGGUCAAACUCGGAACGGAGAAAGUUCCAGGGGUUGCAGAUGUUGCCACAGAAGGCAAGAAUCGUCGGAUUUGAAGAGCUACUCGUUAAACUGUUGCUGCAACCUCGCCGAACAAGAGGAUCAUCGGUGCACGGCGACGAACGACGACACCGUUUGCUCGAAACGCAAUUGUCCGGCUUCCGUUAGCCUGCAAGCUUUAGCGUCGCAGUUCUUGUCGUUGCCAGGAAUCGUAUCCUGCGCCGCCACUCGUCUGGUACUGAGAAAAGUGCCUGGAUCGAACAUCACCAGCACCAUGGAGGAUACGAUGGACAAAGCGCAGAAAGCUAUCAGCAUGCUGACGAAGGAACAGUUGCUGACAGAGUCGAGAAACGCGCAGCAGGUGAACGCGUUGAUCAAUCUUCACAUGACCACAAACCCGCCCGCGAACAUCAUCCCCCUGCUGACGCUGAUACAGUUAAAGGUGAACGUACUGAAGGCCCAGAUCGAGAGCCUGAUCAAUAAGAAGGUGAUGGAGUGCCAGGGAUUUGGAUACGAGGUGGAAACGAGCGGUCCCAUAGAUCCAACGGUGCUCAGCAUGAAGACGAACGAGGAACUGAGACACUUGUUGUCAGCCCUUAGACAGAAGGAAUGCGACGAGAGGGUGAACGUGAACUUCUCACCCUAUCAUUCGCAACGCGUGAUCGCGGAGGCUCGUUUGAACAACGUGCAGGCGAAGAUACGUCAGGUGGAGGCGGAAUUCGAUAGAAGAAGAUCCGUCUCGUUACCCCUUCCGUCGCUUACAUCCCGGGUCAUCCAACAGUUCGCCGAGUCCACCUGCACAUUCGGUUUCGCGCAGACGAAAUUAUUCGAACCCUAUCCGCAGGAAAAUCCUCUGCAAUCUCCGGAUCCGUUCUCGGCGAGCAUACGCAACCCUAAGAGAUUGUAUCUAAAACCUCGUGCGGCUGAAUCGGAAGCAACGCGGCAGAAGGAUCAGAGCAAAGCGACCAGCACGUCCCAGGAUGCUCCUCCCAGUUGCAAGGACACAGGAACCGGCGAGGGCAACGCGGACUGCUCGAAAGAGCGAUCAGUUGGACCUCGUUCCAGCGAAGACUCCUGCAGCUGUCAUCUCACGUCCUCUGAGGAGAGCAUCGACCAGGGUAAAAAAAAACUUCGACUAAGGAUCGAUCGCGCAGGAAAAGUGACGAUAAGUAGCGCGGGCAAGUUGGAAGACGCGUCUUUGGCAAAUUUCAGCCCCAACGUGGUUUUCUCAACAGAUCAGUACAGGUGCACGUUCAACGGUAGAUGUGUAUCUAUCAAGGAAGAUGAUAUCGCUGAUCGUGAGCCGGAAAUUCGGGAGAUUUUUCAAGUCGAGGAUGAGAGAACAGAGGAUCCUAAAACUGAUGCAGACACCUUGGAAGUAUUCGAUUUACCUCGCGUCAAGAAAGAACCUGAAGACGCUACAGACGUGGAAACAUCCGAGAAUGCAGAUGUUCCUAUCAAAAUCAAAGAACCUGAAGAUGAACCGCAUUACAAAGCCACAAUGCUUAUAGAUCUGAAAUCAAAGAAGACAGAGAUGGAGACACAGCCAUCUGCUGCGGCAACUGAAAAGCGGAUCCAAAUCAAAGAGCAACCAAAAAUUUUGAAAAAGAUAAAAGUCAAGGAUAUAAAAGUUGAAGAUAAAACUGAAACACAGGAUGUUAAAACGGAGCAUGUGGAUUUGAAACCGGAAAAGAAAAGAGAAGUGCAUGUGGAUUCGAAACCAAAGAAGGUGAAGACAGAACUGUACAUAAACCUCGAAGGACCAUCACCAGAAACCAAAGACAUUAAGGCACAUGAGAAAUUAACUGCUGAAGUUCCUGAAGAGAAGGUGACCACAACUCCCCCAAGUGAACAAACAAUUGAGGAAAAGCCAUCUUCUGAUAUUCCAAAAAGUUUUUUUGGAAUAACAUUAUGGAAGACAGGAGAAUCUAAAAAGAAACCAAAGACUACUGCCCAUGAAGAUGAACAUAGUAAGGACAAAAUCAAAUCUGAAGAUGAUGAAGCCAGUGCUGCUGAUAUGAAGGAAAAAUUAAUUGUGGAAGAUGCAUCCAAGCAGCAAGCAACCGAAAGUGCAAUGCUUGCAGACGAACAGUUAACCGAUAAGGAAUCAUCUGAAGUGAAGAAGAAUUACUUUGGAAUUACAUUGAAGAAGAGAGGAGAACCUAAACGGCGACCAAAAACUGAAAAUGAUAAAUCGCAUCCAAAAGAUGGAGAACAUGAAAACGUGCAAAUCAUUUCGAUGGUGACACAUAUGGAGUAUGAUAGAGGCUUUGGUGAUUUUGAUGGGUGGGUGGAUACGAAGGACUACAUUGAUAGAGAAAUCAAGGAUAAAGAAAGGACAAAGGACAAUUGUUUAAUGUCAAUAAAGCAUGAAAGAAUGUUUCCUAAGAAUCAUCAACCAAGUGAUGAGAAACAUAUAAAUGGUAUCGCUCGAUUUCCACCGUUGAAAAACGCAGCGCAAACAGUGACCAAUAUCCCAGAAAAUAUAUUCCAUCAGGAAGAGAUUGAAUCAGGCUCCUCGAGGGCCGUUUACAAUAGAAGGGUCACUUAUCAUCCCGAUUCAGGAAAUAGUAUCGUCUCCACGAUUUACUCCGUGAUAGAAAAUCAACUUACAUCUUUUACCUCGUUAUUUGCCAAUAUACCAAAUUUACAAAACAUUGUAUCAAGUUUAUGCUAUGACAAAUUGCCGAGUGAACAGAAUGUUUCAACACUAAACCCAGAAACAAUUGUCAAUAGAAAAGAAAGUAAUAAAGAAAUUUCUGGAGAAGACGAUUGGACUUUACUUCCUGGCGACGAUGAUGGCACUUCCGAUGAGAGUUGCGUCUCCAUAAACGAAGGAUUCAGCAAUAUCCAUAAAAUAAAACAAUCUAUAAUUGUUGAUAAAGAGAAUAAAAAUUACGUGUUGAUCGAAGGAUCAUUUAGUGGUCAAUUAAAUGAAUUGUCGCGUAAUGGUUUGCAACGACCUUAUCACACUCGUAGAACUCUGGUAAUAAGAAGUCGACUAAAGAAUCCUGGGAGAUUAAAGGAUCAACGUCCUUUCACGAUCUUGAAACGAUCUAAAAAGAACAAAGUACUUAAUCAUCAAGAAACAAAACAAGUGAAGCACCAAUCUAAAACAAGUAAAGAUUUUUGUUUUAAAAAUAAUACAAAGAUAAAUAAAAAUUGCAGUUUCCCUUCUGUUGAUCGUUCAUUGUCUAAAAACAAGAAAAUCUUUAGUGAUUCGGGAGUAAAUAAACAGGUAUAAUUGAAGAACGAAUAUCACGAUUUUAUUAGCGUUUGGCAGUAAAGUAUAACAUUGGAGAUUAAAAAGUAACGACAUCAAAACAAAGUCCAAUUUUGUACAAGGUUCGUGUUUCUUUUUUGUGCGAAAUGAAAUCCUCUUCAAAAUGAAUUCCACUUUAUGUGUACAAAUAAUAAUAACAUAAAUUCUUUCCAAUCGCUGAGUGUCAUUGGAAGACCCAAUAGUAAACGGAAACGGAAACGGAAAUUCAAUGUGUCUAGUGGUAGAGACGUAUUAAUAAAUUUUUUGAAAACAUUGCCAAUAGACGAGUAUACAUUUGUCUCGUAGCUGAAAGUGAUUACAGCUGUUGAGCAAACGCGGUGUAUCUUUUCUUCUGCUUUUUAUUAAUCGUUAAUUGUAAAUCAUCUUCGGUCAAUGGACCACAGUUAUCGCUUUAUAUUAGCUGCCUACUGAGAAUCUUUAGAAUCGUAGUGUAAUUAGUAACAACGCGACCGCGUAGAUCGAACGUUUGAACACUCUCGGAAACGUACAGUUCGGUUUUUCGGAGGCCAAAAUGAAGAUCCUUAAUUUAUUAUUCACCCCACGUGCCACCAUCACACUCAUUCGUAUAUCGACGCAAAGGCAUUCGAUCCUUCAGACAUCUUGAAUUCAGACACUCGUACACUGCAAAUUAUAGUUUGUCCAAGAUCGGUGAGAAUUUCCAUUUAAAUUCCGAUCUACGCUAUUUUUUAUUUAUUUAUUUAGAAUUACAAAAUCUCAAAUCGCGCAUGGCCUUUGAAAAGUCUUUAGAUAAUUAAUGUAACAGAAAAUAAUAAAUUACAGAUCGGGAACAAACUAUAAUCAGAAUUAAUUCGAUUUACGGUCACCGUGUAAUUUGUUAUUCGAUACGUUUAUAUAUUAAAUUUCUUACGUGCUAACAAAUCUAUUUAAUAGUAAGUAAAAAAUAAACGAAUUCAACGAGACGUAACAAAGUCUCGCAUAGAAUAUUGGAUUAAACAGGAGAUAACAUUGUCACACCACACGAAUACGAUGCUGCCUAAAGGUAGAACAAAAUGUGUAGGAGGGUUUCCGGUGUUUAAUGCAGAAACGUGAUAAAUAUCAAGCAAGCAGAGGGCAUCGACGCUUAAAAAUACGAAAUGUAUCAGGGAAGGUCGGGUUUUCUUUUCUUUAUAUACCUCGUAGCGCGAAAUACGGGUAGAAGACGUUGAAGAAAAGUGUUAGGUACUGAUUAGAGCCAUAUACACGUUAUGUUACAUACUAUCGAAGUUAUAAACGGACUGUAUACUUAUAUAAAUAUGCUACAUACUUAGAUGGCUAACUUCUACUUUCAAACUAGAGACAAGCAUUCGCGAAGAAGACCUGACAGGGUUGAAACUAUCAUAAUUUGAAAAAAAAAAAAACAAAGGACU